GAGAAUAAUAUGUUUCCUGAAAAAAAAAAAAAAAAAAAAAAAAAAUGCUGGGCAUUAUGCCUGGCUUUCUUUAAUUUGAGUUUUAUUCAUACUUAAACACAGCGCUGAAGCCAGAAAAAGUGUAUUUACCAGAAUUACUGGUAAAUUCGAUUAGAAAAGUCAUUAUAAUUUGAUAAUCAACAAAGCAAACAUGUCAAACAUGACCCACAAUAGGGUAUAUGGUGUUUAAUCCUGGCUUCUUUGACCUUUAACCUGUACCAAUGUACCAUUUGGAGACUUGAUUUCAUUGGUCACACCAUGCACUUAAAAAAAAAAAAUAAAAAAAAAAUUGCCAUAGCAACCAAGUCAUAAUUGAUUAUAAUGAAUAAAGAACUAACAUCAAAAAUAUUUUCUUGUUUAAUUUCAGAGAGGUAUAUUAUUUUGUUUGGAGCUGCUCCUGGCACAAAAAUAUCAGCAUCAGUAAAGCUUUUGUAAAGGGAGUGUCAGCUAGCCAGGAUGCCUGUGCGAGUGGAUGAUGUCAUGCGCUUAUGCUGCGACCUUUCUCAGCACCAACAAAUGAAGGCCGCAGUGAAGCAUUCUGGGAGGGGGGCUGUUGUGGUGGGAGCAACAGCUUUCAUGGGGGGCCUUGUGGGAGGCCCACCAGGGAUUGCUGUCGCUGGAGCUGUGGGUGGCUUGCUGGGUUGCUGGAUGACCAGUGGGAAGUUUAGGCCUGUUCCCCAGAUUAUUUUGGAGAUGCUGCCCCAGCAGCAGCAGCAAUUGUAUGACAGCGUCAUGACCGUCAUUGGGAAUUUGGACUGGACUGACGCUGCUCAGCUCACAGCGCUGGUCAUGGGGAAUGCAGUACUGCAGCAGAAAGUGGCAGCUGCUCUUGUGACUUACAUCACACAGGAGCUCAGAGCUGAGGUCCAGUAUGGGGACUAAAUACAACAGCAAAGCCACAUAACCGUUUUUUUUUUUUUUCUUUUUAACUUUAACCCUGUUUUUUAUGGUCCGAGUCCAAAGCACUUAAUUCACCAGACCUCAUAUAAAAUGUUUUUAGUUGACAUAUCCAGCAGGCUGGACAAAAACACGGAUCAAUGAUAUGCUGACAUGAAGAACUGAGGCUAAUCCUCAUAUAAAAACUUUACACUUUUACUGUUCAAAAGUAAGCUACCACAAUGUGCACUUGGAUGGAUGCAAUUCAACAUAGGGUUAGUUUGUAAAAAAAAAAAAAAAUUAAAGAUCAGUACUUAUUUUGGAAGAUCAAUAUUAUAGCAGAUAUUAAACAUUGCAGGACUACAAAGCUUUUGCUCCAGUGCAAAGUGUAUUCCACUUUUUUGAAAGGGGGGUUAAAAGUGCUUCCGAAAUUGAACAUAAUGACUUGGGUAUAUGUAGAAGCUCUUAAAUUAACAUUCAGAGGGUUUUUUUAUGUCUAGUUCUCAAACAAUAGCAUAUUUUAAUUUCACUUAAACUAAAAGAUACUGAUGUCAAAAAUUUUAAUGUAAGAUCUGUUUAUCCUGAUAAAUAUAAGCUGCUAAUAACCUAGAUAUUUGUUAUUCAAACAAUGAUCUAUUGAGUGGCAAAAAUAAACUGAGUGUUGAAUGUUUACCUAAGCAUCAGUUGGGGGUAAGCUCAGAAUCUUGUAUAUUCUUUAAAAAUGAAGAAGCUUUUUUGACCACUACCUUAUUAAAUGGGUUUUAUCUGUGUUUGAUUACUGCUAACCUGGUGUGCGUGUAUGAUCAUUGUUUUCCUGAUCUUAAUGGUGGUUGAAUAGUGGCCUUAAAAAGAAAUAACUUUAGGUAAGCUGUGUAUCUGUGCCUUUGGCUCAGUAUCAUUAUGACUGGAAAUGCCAGUAAUAUUCUUGACAGUGUAAAGUAUUUUAAUUCAGAUGUUAAUAUGAUCAUAUCUCACCAGCUUAAAUGAGUUCCAGCAUGUAGUAAUUUGAUUGUAAUGGAUACUGAUGUCAUGAGAUUAGUGGUGCACAUUAUCAUAACUGUGCUCCUGUUCAAUUUAGUAGGUUUUAUUUUAUUUCUUGUCCUCAUGUUUUUUUUAUUCUCAUAAAUAAUCAUCCACAUUUCUUUAACAUUACUAUCGGAAGUGUAAUUAUGGUUAGACAUUGUCAAUAGCAGGGUUGCUGCUGCCGCAGAAAGUCAUUCACGACCAAACCAUGUGCAACGUCGUGAACAGAAUUUAUUUUUAAUCCUUUAAAUCAAUUUACAUGAUGUUCAAUACAUGUACUUAAUUGCAUGACAGCAAUAUAGCUUUUAAUCAAGGAACUACUUUGGGUGUAGAGUAUAUACUGGACACAAAGACAAAGAGAUAUUGAGGUUUUGAUAAGGUGGUUUUUAAAGCUGUGACAUUAGCUGACAAAAUAAAUGUUUUGAAAUUAAUCCAACAUGUGUGGUAUGUUUUACUUGGAGAUUGAGUUUGGAGUACACCGUACUCUGGUCUGUACAGCGAAGUUCCCAAUCAAUAUACACAUUUUUGUAAGACUACCCCGACAGAACCUUCAUCCUGAUGUUAAGGCUUGCAAAUAGUGUUUCAGCCCUGGCAGCCAUGAGGAUGAUAACAAUUAGCUUGAUCUUGCAACCAGUCAGGAGUGUGUUGUUGUUUUUUUUUUUUUUUUUUUUUUUAAGCCAACCCCAGAUAUUAGCUGAUUUAACCCUCCCCUCAGUCGAGCAUUUAAAUGCUUACAAUUAAUGUUUAAAAUUUGUUUUAAUUUAGUGUGCCCAA